UAUUCGAUGGCUUCGUUUGAGUUUAUGUGUAUGGUGUCUCACACCAACAGACUGUAUUAAUUCCUAUCAUCUGGCCCUGAAGUGGCUCUAGGUCAGACCUUUAUUUCAUUUUCUGUCAGCCAAGACGUUCUCAGAACAGAUACACACAUGUUAACAGUGUAAAUUUGCCUCUUCUGCUUCCAUUUUGGACUCUGUCUGCACUCAGCUACUUCAGAUGCUGUUCUUUUGUUUCUCACUUUGUACCUUUUGUGUCCUCUCUGUCCCUCCAGCUGGCAAAAUGUCGAUGACAGAUCUGUUGAAAGCUGAGGAGAUCAAGAAAGCUCUUGAAGCCUUUGCAGCAGAAACAUUCGACCCUAAAAAGUUCUUUGAAAUGGUGGGAAUGAAGGCCAUGACAGCUGAAAACGUCAAGAAGGUCUUCCAGGUUCUGGAUGUGGACGGCAGCGGCUUCAUAGAGGAGGAGGAGCUCAAGUUUGUACUGAAGGGCUUUGGCAAGGAGGGCAGAGAUCUGACUGACGCUGAGACAAGAGCAUUCCUCAAAGCUGCAGACAAAGAUGGAGAUGGCAAGAUCGGCAUUGACGAGUUUGAGGUCUUGGUGCAUGAGUAGAGGAUAGCUGACCAACCUCCUUCUUCCUCCUCCUCCUCCUCUUCAUCCCUGAAUUCAUAUUUUGUAACUGCCACCUUCAAACUCCUCUCACUUCCUCUCCUCCCUCUGGACCCCACACAUGGAGUCAGACCAGGCCUGCUCUCUACAAAACACUACAGAAGCAGUCUAACCAGGAGUUACCGUGAGGAGGAACAUAAAGGGAUCACUUUCAUUUUUCAUUUUUUAUAUAUAUUUAUCACACAUGCUGUAUGGGUUUCAGAAUCAUUCUUAAUGAUUUCAUGAAGAUAGCUUGUGGUCUCAAAACAGGUGGUGCUAGUGCUGUAGAUGGUGUAGAUGUUAUAAAGACUUCUUAAAUCUUAUUUUCCUUCCUCUGUGUAUUUCAGGUUGUGCAUUUUGUCUGAUUGGUUUUACUUCUAGAUGUUCACAUAUCAGUGCAUUUUCCUCCCACUCCUCUUCCUCAUCCACCUUCCCUCACCUCACCUCCUCUCCUCUAUCUCCUCCUCCACCUCACUCCCUGCCUCCAAUCAG